AUGAUAAGACUUCUCGUCAACCCCCAAGAGCUCACCAUCAUGUACAUCCUCACCGUUCUUUUCCUGACCCUCGUGUCGGUUCUUUCCCUCACCAACGCGACCGUCAUUCCCAACUUCCCUGACAGCGCUUCUUCCAUCCACCUGGUCCUCAACAACAACUGCGGCUUCGAUGUCUGGGUCCGCCAGGGCGUCGCCGCUGAACCCGGGUCGCGCAUGGGCCAGGGCGAGAACUGCGGUCCGAUGAGCGCCAAGGACACAGAGGAAGUCAAGGUCAGCGCCGGUCAGAAGUUCAUCACGACUGUGCCUAUUCUUGAGGAUAGCUGUGGACACUCUGUCAAGGUCGCCCGCAAGCCAGCGGACUGGCAGACGGUCUAUCAGUACCAGAUGACUUGGGCUAAGGAAGAUCACAAGAUCUGGUACCAACUUUCUUGCAUGAACGGAAACCCUUUCACCGACGUCGUCCGCCAGAUCGGUGGGCCCCACGACUCCACCUGCCCGCUCUUCCGCUGCGAGGCUGGUAACAAUGGUAGCCAGUGCGAUUACCCCCUCAUGGCUAACUGCGCUACUGUCGGCGACGUCGUUGGCUACCUCUGCUAG